AAAAGAAAAGUAAUAUCCAGGAAAGUUCUGCUUGAUGAGGGUCCAAGGCAGGUGGUUGAAGUGGAACAAUCAGCUGUAUGGAAAUUUCUUUGGUGGUCUGGGACCAUUUCAGUUCAUGUUUUAGUCGACCAGAACAGAGAAGAUCUUACGAUGAAAUUCAAGCAAGCGAAGACUGGUUUCAUCAAAAAAUUUGAAGGAUGCUGGAGAGCAGAACUUGUGUUCAUUGAUGAAGGUCUCUGCCAUCCAUUGAAACCUAAAACAUGGGCAGACUACUAUUCAUGUCCAGGAGGCAAAGGAAGAAUAGGAUCAAAGCUGAGCUUGGAGCAGUUAAUCCAGCCAGCACUAGUUCCACCACCACCCAUUUCCUGGUAUCUAAUAGGAAUCACCUCUAGGACCACUGAAAUGAUUGUAAAUGAUCUGCUUGCUGAAGCUGCCAGAAUCGGGGGAGAUUUCAGUACUGCAGGGUCCUAAGGAUCUAAAACAUCUCAGGACUUAUACGAUGAACAAGGAAAUGACAAGUCAUCUGAUAUUAAAGAGAGAUGGGCGCAGCAUAGGAGAAAUAUAAAGAAGCAUCACAGAAGAUUGUUGACUGCUGAAUGAUCUAAUUAAUUGUUAGUUUUGUUCUGUAUUCUUUUGUAAUAUUGGAACUGGAUAGCAAUAUUCAUCAAACAUCUAUAUCUAUCUAAAGAUCGUUGUUCUUUUUCACCA